CUUGACUGCAGUUGGAGACAGGCAGUUCUCUCAAAUGACAGAUCGAGAACAUGUUUCCAUAUGAUUCUGCUACCUGUGUGAGAGUUUGUGACAUGACAGCCAGGUGCUGCUGCUUCUGUAUCUGUGUAUUUGCAGUAUUGUUAAACAAAGCAUGUCUGCAGGUCACUCUUGAGGGUAAAGUCAGAGGCUCUGUUGUCUUGCCCUGUUUUUAUACUGUCAACAGCCUUAAAAUUGAAGAUGUAACAAUUUAUUGGAGACAUAAUAGCAGCCACAAUGUUUAUGACAUUAUUGAGGGUAAAGCAUCGGUGGAGAAGCAGGGCGCCGCAUACAAGAACAGAGCUGAAACCUUCCCUAAUGAGUAUAUGAAAGGAAACUUCUCGCUGAAACUCAGCAAUCUUCAGUAUAAUGAUGCUGGAAAGUAUGUCUGCUACAUCACAAAGGCACAUCAAAAUCCAAGCACACAGCUUUUGGUCAAAGACAGAGGAAACCAUGGAGCAGCAACAAGAGCUGAAAAGACUGUGCCAUUUUUCAUUUUGCUCUAUAUUCUGCAAUAUAAUUGAAAGAACAGACCUAGAAAGAACAGCAAUGCAGAUGUGCAUAACUCAGGAACAGAAAAUGUCCUUCUAUAGCAAUCCAUCAGUUGAUUUUCUAGCAUAAAGUUAAAUCAUUGCAGUUGGACCCAGAUGUGAUGGCAUGUAUGAUCUUCAGUCCACGGGAGUUCUGUAACACCUAAAGAGAGCUUUGAGGAAUCAAUUACAUUCAUCUCAAUGGCAGUUGCUCUGCUGACACAUGAGAAAUAAGUAUGUGGACACUGAAUAUGCAGAGUUUUGAAUGCUGUUAUUUGAGCAAUAAAUGUUUGGAUGCCAAUC